AACCUCAUGUUCUUAAAGUGCUUUCUCAUAAAUAAAUAAAAACUUAAAUUUCUAGAAAUUCAACUUCCUUUUAUUUCAUCAAGAAAUCUUCACACACACUAAUGAGUUCUAAGAUAAACUUCUCAAGCCCACCAAUACCAUGCAAAUUCCACACCAAAAAACCAAAUCCUCUAAAAAGAAACACUGUCAUCUUCUCUUCCUUUUCUUCAAGUGAAAAACAACAAAAAAUCAUUUCCACCAUAAUUGAAACUCCAUCAAAUGAUAAUAAGGCUUACACUAUCAACUUCAAGACAAAAAGUGCUUGCAAGCUUGGAAUUUCAAGGUAUCCUGAUUUUGAAUAUGAUGCUGAAGGAGGAAUAGGAAAUGGUUUUGGUGCAAAGGCAAAAAAUCAAGAUGAUAAUGAUAUUAUUCUUGUUUCGUUUGAUCUUGAAACAUUGUAUAUUCCAUCGUUAACAAGCUCUACUACUAAGUUUCUUGGAUUGUCAUUGCCACCAUUCUUGAGGAUUGAUAUUGUUCCAGAAGCUUUCCAUGGAAGUAUUAAUCAAGAAUCUGGCAAGGUUGAUCUUGAGUUUAAGGCCAAGUUCUUGUUUUCUGCUGGUAGUAUCUAUAAGGCUCCACCGCUGAUUGUGAAGACAGUGUUAACAUCUGAAGAAUCAAAGGGAAGAAUGAAGAGUGGAAGAGGCAUGAGGUUGGAUGAAGAAGGAAAAUGCAGACUUGUUGGUGUGGCAACAGUUGAUCCUAUUGACGAUUUCAUUAUGAAUUCUUUCCUUGGCCUACCAACUGAAUGUCUUGCUGAGUUAAAUGCUGUGAUAUCUAUUAAAUAAUCGAUUAUUCGAUGAAUUUAAAAAACAAACUUUCCUUUUAUUAAAGGACCAAAGGAAGUACUAAGAUAGGAGGAAUAUGCAUAGCUAGAGACAUGACUUUUCAUUCAUGAUGACAGAAUAGUUGCAAAAUCAGGAAAUUGUCUUCAAAAUCAUCUUCCAAAAUAUAUUGUUGUACACUCAACAAAAUACAGCCACUUGAAUGCAUGAUUCUUGUUUCAUUCA